AUGGCCGCCGCUCCGCCGACCCUGACGCCGUCACCCCGGCCCGGCGCACCAAUGCCAAUGCCCUCAGAUCUAACGUUCCCCCAGGACACGAACCCGCGCCUGUCCAUCGCGACGCCGGUGCGGCUCAUGCUGGGAACAAUCUCGUCAGCAGUCGUGGGCUUCUCGCUUGGUGCGACACAGGGCGGACAGAUGGCGCAGCUGCGGUUCCGGGCGGAGCAUGCGCACAAGAUGCCCGACACGACGACAGGGUGGUACUUCUACCACAAGAGCAAGAAUUACCACGCCAUGCAGGGCGGCAUCCGAGAAGGCUUCCGCAUGGGUCUCAAGACGGGCUUCUGGAGCUUCCUGGCCUUGUCGCUUGAGAGCACGGUCGAUCGAUAUCGCGGGGCGAGCGACAUGUUUUCUACGACGAUAGCUACGCUUACAGUCGCCGGCGCGUUUUCUCUUUGGCACCUCGGCUUGACUAAGGGAAACGGUAUUGCGCAAAACCCCAUAUGGGGAAUGCAUGGCGUUUUGGGAGCUUUGAUGAUGGAAAGCGACGGGUAG